AUGACGACACCAACCUCAAUCUAUAACCGGCCUGAGAGCAAGGACGGCAACAAUGAAAAUAUUAAUCACCUUAACCAACCACCCAUUGAGGCCUUUGAGGACUCAGCCUCAUUCUCCCUUCUUCUGAAUGGCAGUGGUUGUAGCGCCGACACUGUAGUCGGCUGCGGUUGCAGCGGUGCCUGUGCUGGUGCCUGUGCUGGUGGCUGUGCUGGUGGCUGUGCUGGUGGCUGUGCUGGUGGCUGUGCUGGUGGCUGUGCUGGUGGCUGCACUGGUGGUGCUACUGGUGGUUGCACUGGUGGUACUACUGGUUGCCCUGGAGCGGCCAUUACGCUCGCCUAUCGAUGCACCAGUCGUGAGGAGGGCUCCGACACGUGA